AGAGUGCUGGGAAGAUGGGACACCAUGAGCGUUGCUCUCAUCCUGUAACUACACUUAGGUCAUUGUUACAUAAGAAGAAUAAUGGUUGCAUUGUCAACACCCAGUCAAGUAUCAUAAAGCUCAUUUAAAUAACAUAAAUGUGCGUGUCACCAGUGUCAUACUAUACUGCAUCAACACAAGAUUUUAAAUGCUCAUCUCAACAUCUUGAGGGCCACCUACAAAAUUGUAAAUGCUCAUCUCAACAUCUUGAGUGCUACCUGAACAUCUAAAGUAGUCCAUAGUAGUGAGUUUACUAUGAUUAUUGUAAUAUUUUGAUGUGCAUCAGUGGUCACAAAUUUAUCAAUAAAACAGCUUGUAAACCAUGAGCAGUUUGUGGCGAAGAAAAGCCAUUCCAAUGUUGUGUGCUCAAUAUUUUUUGUAAUAAAAUAUCUUUGUAACUGCAUAAUAGAGGAAAUGUAUCAAUAUUCAGUGUCCUGAAGACCUAAAAACAAAAAUUUCCUUAAUAAAUUCACAUUUGAGGUUGUAUGAAAAAUGUCAAUAUUAAAAAGAACUUUUUGCAAACAUUAUUGUAAAAAUAUUGUAGUGAAAAUUAGUUUUUUAGUAAGUAGAGGAAAUUAGAACAGUAUGGCUGUUUCAUGAAUUAUUUUUUCUGUUUUAAGUAUCAUAUGUUUUGUGAACAAAAUAUUAAUAAAUAUUUUAGUACACACAUAAAGAGAAACCAUAUUGAUAUUUAAAAUCUAAAGUAAAUUUAUAUCUAUUGUACCCAUUAAUAGCUUCAGAAUUCACUACUUCAGCAACCCAGUCACUGUCUAGUGAAGUAAAUGAUUUAAAAAACCCUCCAAUAAUGCUUAGAGUUCAUAGAGAAGAAAAACCGUACGAGUGUCUAGUGUGUUCAAAAAACUUCAAGCGAAAAGAUUAUUUAGUAGCGCACAUGAGAAGUCACACACAAGAGAAACGACAUCAGUGUUCUGAGUGCAUGAAAGACUUUACCACAAAAUCAAAUCUUGGAAAGCACCUGAGAGUUCAUACAGGAGAGAAGCCAUUUCAAUGUCCAGUGUGUUUAAAAGAUUUUUCAAGAAAAGAUCAUCUAGUAGCACACUUGCGUGUUCAUACAGGAGAAAAGCCGUAUGAGUGUCCAGAGUGUUUAAAAUAUUUUAAACGAAAAGAUUACCUAGUAGCACACAUGAGAAUUCAUACAGGAGAGAAACCACAUCAUUGUACUGAGUGCACAAAGGACUUUACCACAAAAUCAGAUCUUGUAAAGCACAUGAAAGUUCAUUCAGGAGAGAAGCUAUAUGAGUGCCCAGACUGUCUAAAAGAUUUCUCACGAAAAAAUCAUUUAGUAGCACACAUGCGAAUUCAUACAGGAGAGAAGCCUCACAAGUGUUCCGAGUGUCUAAAAGAGUUUUCACGAAAAGAUCACUUAAUAAUCCACAUGAGAGCUCAUUCAGGUGAGAAAUCAUUUCAAUGUUCAGAGUGCCAAAAAGGCUGUAUUACAAAAUCAGAUCUAACAAAACAUAUAAGGGUUCAUACAGGAGAGCAACCAUAUCAAUGUUCUGUGUGUCUGAGAGGCUUUAAAACCAGUUCUAAUCUGGUAAAGCAUAAGAGAACUCAUACAGGAUACCAUAUCAUAGUUUGAAGUGCCUAAACCUUAAAAUUGAUAUGCCAUAUAUAUACUGUAUAUAUAUUUCAGUGGGACUUCACUCUCAAAUUUCUGUAUAAGCCAAACAGUUCAUGUUUAGUGAAGCAAAUGUGUGUGUUCUAUAAGGAUUGUUCACCUAAGCUGCUGUCAAGC